UAUUAUUCUCGUCUCAUUUCCACGUCUUUGGUUUGUCAUCUAUAAUUUCUUGUUAUUUUUAUUAAUUAUAUUAUGUGUUGAUUUUCACUAAGAAGCAGCAAAGCUUCGAGAUCCAACAAUGUCGAAUAUCCUGUGAGAUUUCUCUCUUGUCUUCCUAUGGUUUAACUUUUCCUAGGGUUAGGGUUCUUCGUUAUUCUUGUUGGGUGUUUCUUGGAAAGGGGGACUUUUUUUUUUCGUAUUUAUUUUUAUUUGUUUUCUUGGUAGGAGGGUUGGAAUUCUGGUUAUUUAGGGCUUGAGAUUUGGUUGUCUAGGCGUGGGUACGGUGCAGAUCAGAGUGGUUCCUUUCGGCUGAUUUGAAGCGGUUUUUGUUUCGUGGAUUGGGUGACUGCAGAGCUUACACAGUUCGGCGUUUUCCGUUGUGUAUUUGAUUUGGUUGGCUGUGGUCUGAAUUCGCUGGAGAAAGCGGGGAAUUAGGGUUACCGGAUAUAGGGCCUGCCGGUGUUUGUGCGAGAAGAAUUGUGGAGCUUUGCUUCGGAUUUGGCGCAAACUGCUAUUGAUUGUUUGGCGUUUCAGCGUUGAAGUUUGUGGCUUUGACUUUUGACUGUAGGUUGCGUUAGAAGCUCUGUGGGGAGGCGGGUUCGAUUUGCUGGCUGGCAAUGUGUAAUUACUGAGGGGUCCUCUGCUGUGUUGUGGAGGAUCCCUGUUGGACGGAGUUAGAAUCACAGUUUUUUAACGUACCAACCUUGGAGUUUGGAGAGGUUUGCCUGUACAGUUGAUACGAGAGGCGUUUAUGUUUCUGCGGUUCUGUCAGGCGAGGAGUUGCUUUUAUCUGUGAUGGUUGUGUGAGUUGGGUCUUUGUGCAUUUUAUAGAGAACAAUAAAAAACAGGGAACUGUUCAUUUUUCUCUCCAAGGAUUUACUUUCAUCCAUUUAUUCGUAUGAUUGAAGAAAUGUAUUCUUCGGGUACGGAUUCUAUGCCGGAGACUAGUGGAGUUGCAGGUACGGUGUUGGUUCCUAUGAGGUUUGUGUGGCCUUACGGGGGAAGAAGAGUGUUCCUCAGCGGUUCUUUCACGAGAUGGUCAGAACAUUUGCCUAUGUCCCCCGUUGAGGGUUGCCCUACUGUAUUUCAGGCUAUUUGCAAUUUAACGCCAGGAUAUCAUCAGUACAAGUUUUUUGUUGAUGGAGAAUGGCGGCAUGAUGAGCGACAACCUGUUGAGACAGGAAGUUAUGGGAUUGUGAACACUGUCCUGUUGUCUAGGGAACCUGAGCCAAAUCCUUCAAUCUUGAGUCCAGAGACACCUGGCUCUAGGACCAACAUGGAUGUGGACAAUGAUGCCUUUCAGCGUGUGGUUACAUUGUCAGAUGGUACCCUGCAGGAAGCAGUUCCAAGAAUUUCAGAGGCAGAUAUAGAGAUUACUCGACAACGUAUUUCUGUAUUCUUGUCUACACAUACAGCUUAUGAAUUGCUUCCCGAGUCAGGCAAGGUCAUUGCCUUGGACGUGAGUUUACCUGUGAAACAAGCAUUCCACAUUCUCUAUGAGCAGGGAAUUUCUGUGGCUCCUCUAUGGGACUUCUCCAAGGGCCAAUUUGUUGGAGUCCUAAGUGCAUCUGACUUCAUAUUAAUUUUGAAAGAGCUAGGGAAUCAUGGGUCAAAUCUGAGUGAGGAAGAGCUUGAAACACACACUAUAUCUGCUUGGAAAGAGGGAAAAAUGUUCCUUAAUGGACAAGUCGAUGGUGAUGGGAGAGCAUUACCAAAAUGCCUAAUCCAUGCUGGACCUUAUGAUUCUUUGAAAGAUGUUGCCUUAAAAAUUCUUCAAAAUGAGGUAGCCACAGUUCCUAUUAUUCAUUCUUCACAGGAUGGAUCAUUUCCACAGCUACUGCAUCUUGCUUCCCUGUCAGGAAUACUUAAAUGUAUUUGCAGGCAUUUUAGACACUCUUCUAGCUCCUUGCCAAUCUUAAAACAACCAAUUUGCUCAAUUCCUUUGGGCACAUGGAUUCCAAAAAUCGGGGAAGCAAGACGGCCAUUGGCAAUGCUGAGACCUAAUGCUUCUCUUAGUUCUGCUCUGUCUCUGUUGGUUCAAGCUCGAGUUAGUUCAAUACCUAUAGUUGAUGAGAAUGACUCACUACUGGAUAUAUAUUGUCGAAGUGAUAUAACUGCUUUGGCCAAAGAUAGAGCUUAUGCACAGGUCCAUCUUGAUGAAAUGAGUAUUCAUCAGGCACUGCAACUGGGACAAGAUGCAAAUUCUCCAUAUGGCAUCUUCAAUGGCCAGAGAUGCCAGAUGUGUCUGCGCACUGAUCCUCUGCAUAAAGUGAUGGAACGGUUAUCAAAUCCAGGGGUGAGGCGGCUUGUCAUUGUGGAGGCUGGGAGCAAGCGUGUAGAAGGUAUUGUUUCGUUGAGUGAUAUGUUCAGGUUCUUGCUUGGCUAGCUGGGAGUAUAAAAGUAUUGGGGAAGAAUUUCUUUGAAGGAUCUGCAAUGGUGGCAUUGGAGAAGUUACAGCCGUUGAUGCUACUCAUCACUUCACUUGCCCUGGCCUUCUCUGCGGUGCCUCACUAUCCUUUUGUGGGUGAUGGAUGACCUCAUCUCAUUUAUUCCGAGUCUUUGAUUGGAUGGGCCUCAAGCUCUAGAGCCUAAUAUUUUUAGGUAUAAAAAGGCUGAAGGGAGGGAGGUCUGUAAAAUUGAGAUGCCUCGGUUUUAUCCUCUCCUUUUUCAUUAUCCCCUUACCCUAAUUGUCAUCAACUCAAAUUCUGCUGCUGAUAUGGUUGCCCUGUUUGUGAAAGCAUGUAAUCCCUAAUAGUUCACCUACUUAUACUAACAUACAGUGGGAAGAAAUGGGGCGAAGAAAUGUUAAAACAAAUUGGGAUGAUGUUGGUGAAGUGGAUUGACAUGUUGCUUCUGUCAUUUGCUGUAGCGGUGGUCAUGGUUUAUCGCCUCUCCACCAUGGAAAAUUCAUAUUUGUAGGUAAAGGGGGUCAUUUGUCUAUUCUUUCUUUAUCGAUCACAUAUUUUAUGCUUCA